AUGCGGACCCUUUUAAUUGACAAUUAUGACAGUUAUACUUACAACCUGUUUCAAGCAAUUGCUGAAGUGAACGGAGAACUUCCUGUGGUUUACUACAAUGACAAAAUUACGAUCAACCAAAUACAAUCGAUGGUCCAGGCCGGAACGGUGCACAGCAUCGUUAUCUCGCCUGGUCCAGGCAACCCCAACAACCCAAGUGACGUAGGUGUCUGUGUCGAUGUGCUGCAGCAAUUAUCGGGUGUCCCCAUUCUUGGCAUAUGUCUGGGCCAUCAGGCCCUUGCCAUGGCGCAUGGCGCGUCCGUGGUGUCAGCCCCCGAGCCAGUGCACGGGCGCCUCAGCAGUCUGCGUCACAACGGACAUGCCUUGUUCAAAGACAUACCCUCCGCCGAUGGCUUUGAGGUGGUCAGGUACCAUUCCUUGUUGGUGGAUGAGCACUCCCUGCCGGAUUGUCUGGAGGCGGUGUGCUGGACGACUGGGGGGCAUUCCGCCGUCAAGCUGGCGCGGGACGCAGCCCCUGCUGCUUCCGCCAGCAGCAGCAGCAGCAGUUUGGAGGGACGCAGUAGUGGCGAGCGGGCCGAGGUGGGCAUUGGCCACUACCACCACCGCCGCCAGCAUGACGAGGCGAGUCCGUCAGGGUGCGGAUGCUUGUUGAUGGGUCUGGCGCAUCGCGCCAGGCCUCACUACGGAGUGCAGUUUCAUCCGGAAUCCAUAGCGACGCGCUACGGCAUCGCACUUCUUCGGAACUUCCGUGAUCUGGCAGCAGAGCACAUCAAGCGCAGGGGCGGGCCACUGGCUGCACAGCUGCCCCCGGUCAGGUGGGUCCUGCGCCGCUCCUUCUUGGCGCCAAGCGCGCUGCCGGCGCUGCCAGCCUGGCCCCCGCCGGAGCACCAACGCGGCGCGACCCUGCGCCUGCUGUGGUCCAGGCUGGCCACCUUCCUGCCGCGACUGCAGGGCGGAAGCCAGGCUAUUUUUGAGUUGCUUUACGGCUGGGCGGAGGACACGUUUUGGCUGGACAGUGCUGCCGCUGACCGGGGCCGCUUCUCGUACAUGGGCGGUCGGGGAGGCCCGCUUUGGCGCAACCCGGCUCAUCCGGCGACCAAACCAGCAGCGCAACGUCGUGCAAACCCCGGUGGGAGCCUCACCAUAGAGGGCCCCGAGGGCCGCGCUAUACCCUUGGCGGCGCCGUCCGGCUUCCUGUCGUUCUUGCAGAUGCUGCUGGAUCGCCAGCGGCUGCUGGUGGAAGCGGAGGCUGCGGCGCAGCUGCCAUUCAACUUCUGGGGCGGCCUGGUGGGCUAUUUGGGCUACGAGCUGAAGGCUGAGUGUGGGGCCGCCAACGCGCACGCUGCCGCCACGCCUGACGCCGUGAUGUACCUGGCGGAUCGACUGAUUGCGGUGGACCAUGCGACGGGAGAUGUCUUCUUGAUGGCGGUGUACGACAGCGCCGCCGUCGCCGCGGCCGCUGGCAAUGACGGUGACGGCAGUGAGGGCGAUGGAUUUGUUGAAGGCGACGCAGAUUCCCGAGGGAGACGGGUUUUGCGAGAAGCGGGCUGGGGGAAGUUGAGCCAGAGUGAGGUCGCGGAGUCGGCAGCAGAGGCGGCCAGUGCCCCUGUUACGGCUAGGAUGAUGCCAUUCACCCUGGCACACGGUCGCACCGCCUACCUUCAGAACAUUGCAGCCUGCCACGCAGCACUCCAUGCGGGGGAGAGCUACGAGGUGUGCCUUACCACUGCGCUCACACGGGGUGCGGCACCCAGGCCGGACCAGCUCUACAAGACGCUGCGGCAACUCAACCCUGCACCCUACGCCGCCUGGCUGCAAUGCGGCGCCGCAGGCCCCACCGUCUGCUGCUCCUCGCCGGAACGCUUCCUCCGCGGCGACCGCGGGGGGCUGCUGGAAGCCCGGCCCAUCAAGGGCACUGCGGCCCGCGUCGCGACAGACCCCGAGGCCGACGCCGCUGCCGCCGCGAAGCUGGCCAGUUCGGAGAAGGAGCGCGCCGAGAACCUCAUGAUUGUGGACCUGCUGCGCAAUGACCUGGGCCGCGUGUGCGAGGUUGGAUCCGUACAUGUUCCCGGGUUAAUGGACAUCGAGUCGUACGCAACCGUACACCAGAUGGUAUCUACUGUACGCGGUGUACGGCGUGCUGGCGUGUCCAUUGUCGACUGCAUCCGGGCUGCCUUUCCCGGAGGCUCCAUGACGGGCGCCCCGAAGGUUCGGACUAUGCAGAUCAUUGAUGCGCUGGAAGACCGGGCGCGCGGCAUUUAUUCUGGUAGCAUCGGCUUCAUAUCCUUUAACGACACCUUCGACCUGAACAUUGUCAUUCGCACCGCGACCCGCACCAUGACUAUCGGCGCUGGGGGUGCCAUCGUGGUUCAAUCCCAGCCGGAGGCGGAGUAUGAUGAAAUGCGGCUCAAAGCGCGCGCGUUGCUGCGGGCGGUAGGCCUCUGUGAGGGCGCGGCUGGGCCUAUACCGGUGAUGUCGGAUUAA